GGAAACAAAGUAAGUAACACAGCUGCGGUAGUGUGAACAUAAAAUAGCUUGCUGUGUUGAAAUAGCGUUAAUAAAUUGUUUACACGCAGACAUGUAGCAAGCUGUUUACAGCGAGCGACUAUGGCACAUUGCUGUUGUAAUUCUGGCUUUGUAUGGCAGUAUAAUUUUACCUAAUUCAGUUUGUUUGGUCGGCACUGGUCCCUCAUCUUUUCUUCACUGUCACUUUUUAAGGCACAUGCACUGAAGAUGGAAGUUACGAACUUUCUGUCAAUCUUGGUCAUGACACUUUGUACGGUUACCGUAUCAUGUGGUGGAAGUGUAUCUCUCUCUGCCCCAGACAUUAUCGAUCUGGAGGACCAAGGUUCAGCCAAUAUCACCAUAACAUCUAGUUCUCGUCUGAAUGUGUCAGCUCUCAUUCUCUUUCACUUCACUGAUUCCUCUGCAGAUGUCACCUCCAUACUAAAACUUCCUGAGCAGGUAGAGUUACGUGUAAAUGCUACAUCAAGCACUUUUGAGGUUCAUGCAGAACAUGUGGGUCAAGUAACAGCCUAUUUAUACAGCAACAAUACGGACAUUGUAAGCAAUAAGACCAGAAUUCGUUUCAUGGUCAUUAGAAGCAACGUCAUUGAUAUCAUUAACCAAGUCAUUGGUUGGAUUUACUUCCUUGCAUGGUCUAUCUCAUUCUACCCACAAGCUUUUGAGAACUGGAGAAGAAAAAGUGUGGUGGGGCUGAACUUUGAUUUCCUGGCACUCAACUUGACAGGCUUCAUUGCCUACAGUGUAUUCAAUGUAGGCCUUUUCUGGGUUCCAUACAUAAAGGAGGAGUUUGUGAAGAACAAUCCAAAUGGUGUAAACCCAGUGGAUGCCAACGAUGUGUUCUUCAGUCUUCAUGCUGUGGUGCUGACUCUGGUGUAUAUCUAUCAGUGUGCCAUCUACGAGAGAGGAGGACAGAAAGUGUCCUGGAUAGCUACUGGUCUUCUGGUGAUUGGAUGGACAUUUGCCCUUGUGACCCUCUUUGUUGCUGUGGCCAAAAAGAUCACCUGGCUGGAAUAUCUCUACUAUUUCUCCUACAUCAAGUUAGGUGUAACCCUUGUCAAAUACAUCCCACAGGCCUACAUGAACUAUAAAAGGCAAAGUACAGAGGGGUGGAGUAUUGGCAAUGUGUUACUGGACUUCAUAGGAGGCAGCUUCAGUCUCAUUCAGAUGUUUCUUCAGUCGUAUAACAAUGAUGAAUGGAAGCUCAUCUUUGGAGACCCCACAAAGGCUGGACUUGGCUUGCUUUCCAUAUUCUUCGAUGUGGUGUUCAUUGUUCAGCACUAUUGUCUGUACAGACAUAAAGCACGUUAUGAGCUUGUGGCUGACCUGGAAUAGGCUAAUAACCUUACUGACCUCUGUCAGUGAAAUUGAGACCAAAUUAUUUUUGUAAGACUAGUAAGGGCUCUCUUCAAUGCUGUAAUCCCAUGCACAAGGCCUUUGCUUAAAAAGCACUUCUUGCAACAUAAUCAUGUAGGUUACAUUUUUAUUUUUAUUCCACAAAUUAAGAAACUCAGUUAUGUUUGAUACCACUGAGGAAGGAACUUUGCGUGAUCUUUUUGGAACACUGACUGAAGCUCUGCAUUAUUUAGUUUUAACUAAAUCUGCCAAAGCAAUAGUUUACAUUUUAUACAAGUGUAUAAUUUAUUUCUUGUAAUUGUUAUUUUGAAAUAGAACAUCAUGCAUCACUGUCAAAUGAGUAAAAUAUUUUUCACUAAUAAAGUCAUGUUUCAAGUUUUA